AUGGCUUGUGCGGGCGUCUUCCCCAUCACCGGUUGGGUGAACGACCUUUCGAAACUGCCACCGAUCAGCGACAGCGAAGUGGAGAAGUUCUACAGAGGCCGUUCGGCCACGGACCGCUCCAUGGAGAGAAGUUACAACUUCGUCGUCGAGGCCGGAGGACGUUUCUACCUGAAGGGCUCCUGUUUCCGCAGCAAAAAAAAGACUCAGCCUCCUUACACGGUGAUGGCAACAACAGACGUGCAAGGCCAACUCUUGGAUGGAAACUGUGACUGCCCUGCUGGAGGUGUAGCGUGCAACCACCUGAUGGCGCUGCUUCGGACCGUAGCACUUUUGCAGGCCAAAGGCUUCAGCGAGGCACCUGCAGAGCUGUCCUGCACGGACCUGCCGCAACAGUGGAGAGUACCUCGAGGGCCUCACAUCCGCGGUACUUCGAUCCAGUUAGUUGACUGGAGAUGUGUGAGGGAGGGCGGCCAGGACACCCCACUUAUGUCCCGCCUCUAUGAGAGCAGGGUGGCUCCCCGAAGCCAGGAGCAGCAAGAAGCUGCUACGAGGAAGUUUGCGGAAACACUCCUCAGCCUUGGCAGCUGUACUGACUUUGCAGCAGCUUUGCUUCAAGUGCAAGACAAGACCUCGAAGGACACGAAGUUCGGCCCUGCACUGGCUGUUGCACCGCUGGCGUACCAGCAGCCUGUCUUCCCCCAUGGACUCAAGGUCAUCACCAAUAUCCCCCAGUGCACAAGCCACCCCUACCAAGCCCCACAAGAAUGCCAGUUCUUCCGUGGAAGGGAACCAUGGGAGAUUCCCAUUCCGUUCCUGGGAAACGAGAUUUUGGAGAGCCUGCAGCUAACAGCACAGCAGGCGAGAGACCUCGAGAGGAAUACGAGGCAGCAGUCACGGAGUCCCACGUGGUGUAAAGAGCGCAAGCUGCGGUUGACAGCAUCCCACUUCGGCACAGCCUUCCGAAGGGCAGUGUGGACUGACAAGGGUCUGGAUGCCCUCGUCACCCCAAAAGACAUAUCAAAAGUUCCUGCUGUCAGGCACGGCAUCAUGAACGAGCCGGUCGCUGCAAGGUUUUACGAAGAUAUCCUAAAAGGAUUGGGGCACCAAGUUACAGUCAGCGGCUGUGGACUUUUUGUUGACCCGGAAGCUCCAUGGCUUGGAGCGUCACCGGACAGGAUUGUGUAUGAUCCUGCCGAAGACCCUCCUCAUGGCAUCGUGGAGAUAAAGUGCCCUUCGUCUCUCUGGCUGAAGACUGCGGACGAGCUCGAGCACUUGGACUUCUGCUCCAAAGUGGACAAGGACCCGUCAAAGCUAAAGGACGGCCACCCCCAUCACUUCCAAGUUCUUGGACAAAUGGCUGUUUCCGGGCUACAGUGGGGGGACUUCAUUGUCUACGCAAAGCACUUCAUACUCAUCGAGAGAAUAAGGUUCAAUGCGGGCGAAUGGGCGAGCGCGAGUGCAAAGCUCGAAGACUUUUACUUCAACGUGCUGCUGCCUCACCUGGAGUGCAGCAGGUAGUUGUCUAACAUCAAGAUAGGGCCUUCCGUGUUCCGAAUAAAGGAUUGAUUAAACAAAUAACACCAACUUGACAAAACAAUACUAA